UCGAGGCCUGAGGCGAGGCGCGGGCGGCCUGGAGGCGCCGUCGAGGCGCGGCCGCCAUGAAGCUGCUGCGGCUGCUGUGUCGCCACAAGACGGCGCUGGGCCUGGGCGCGCUCUCGCUCUUCGCGGCCGUGCUGCUCUACCUGGCCAAGUGCACCUCGGAGGGGCUGCGGCCRCCGCCUGGGCUCCCUCACAACCGGCCGCCCCCUCCGCCGCGGGUGCCUCGGGGGCUGCAGCCCGCGGCGGCCCCCGCUGAGGCGACGGCCUUCCUGGCCGUGCUCAUCAUGAGCGGCCCCAAGUACACGGAGCGCCGCAGCAUCAUCCGCAGCACGUGGCUCUCGGCCGCCGCGCGCCCCCCGCACGGCGCCGUCUGGAGCCGCUUCGUCGUCGGCACCGGCGGGCUGGGCGCCGAGGAGCUGCGGAGCCUGGAGCUGGAGCAGAGCCGGCACCGCGACCUCCUGCUCCUGCCCGAGCUGCGGGACUCCUACGAGAACCUCACCUCCAAAGUGCUGGCCGCCUACACCUGGCUGGAUCAGCGCCUGGACUUCCAGUUCGCCCUCAAGGCCGACGACGACACCUUCGUGCGCUUGGACGUGCUCACGGAAGAGCUGAGGGCCAAGGAGCCCCGGCGCCUCUACUGGGGCUUCUUUUCCGGCCGCGGGCGGGUGAAAUCCGGGGGCAAAUGGAAAGAGAGCGACUGGGUCCUCUGUGACUACUACCUGCCCUACGCGCUGGGCGGCGGUUACGUUAUUUCCGCGGAUCUGGUGCACUACUUGCACCUCGCCCGCGACUACUUGAACACGUGGCAGAGCGAGGAUGUCUCCCUGGGCGUCUGGCUGGCUCCCGUGGAYGUGAAGCGGGUGCACGACCCGCGCUUCGACACCGAGUAUAAGUCGCGGGGCUGCAACAACAAGUACAUAGUAACUCACAAGCAAAGCAUCGAGGACAUGCUGGAAAAGCACCAGAGCCUGGCGAAGGAAGGGAAGCUCUGUAAGGAGGAGGUUAAGCUCAGGCUUUCCUAUGUGUAUGACUGGGGAGUGCCUCCCUCGCAGUGUUGCCAAAGGAAAGAUGGCAUCCCGUGAAAGAGCCAAAAAAAAGGGAAAAGUCAAAGGACUCUCCGGGCUUGGUUACAGUCAUGUGGGGACAACCCCAGUAAUCUGGGCUUUAGAAUUACUUGAGGAUUUGCACGAUUCACGAUGUAACCCUGAAACUCCCGAGCGCUACUCACGUGCCAUGGCGUACAGGUGUAAAAAGACAGAGAUAGGAGGCAAAAAAAUAACAUGGAAAGGCUUAUGGUAGAGAAACAUAGGCAAAAAUAGGUCACAAAAUACAGUAUUAAAAAUUUGGGGGAGAUAACUUGGAUACAAAACUGCUGGAAGAUCUGGAAGAUUCUUAGAUUUAUUUWCUGUAGGUCAUGGCAGGUCUUUGUGCCAUCUACAAGACUGGGGAGGCAACAGCUCCUGUUUGGGGAUUUUAAAGAAACAAGCAUCAAGGUUUGAAGAUGUUAAUGGGACAGCAGAUCAGUUGCUGUUGCGAGGCACAUAASUGAUAGGUAUAAGCAUCCAAGUAAAGGAACAGUUUUGCACAGGAUAUUCAAGUUGGAGAAGGAGAGAGUCUGCUCAUUGGAGAGUAUUCAAACCUACAGGAAUGGAUUUAUUAGGGUAACUUGUGUCUAUUUUGGGGGUUGUUUUAAAGAUAUCCUGUAUAUAAAUUAUCUGGCAGCUAUAAAGGAAGUUUGUAUUCCGAAAGGUGGGUGGGUUGUGGUAUUUUGCAGAAAUUAGAGUCUAUUAUCUUAAUCUGGGAUCCAGUAGUUGCUUUACGAAGYCUUCAGUGGUUAGGGUUAGGUUUUGCUCUUAGAUUAUCCUCCAAACAAACUGCAUAUGAAGAAACAUUUUACUUCCUAAAACAAUAAAUAAUCCUACUGAAUACUCUGGUCAGAAGUUAUGGAGCAGUAGAUUUAUAUUGUUUUGGAUGGCCUCUGUAAAUAUAAAUUAGCAAAAUUAGACUAGKGGGGGGUAUUCUGAGUUUUAGACACGUCCAUCUCAACUUAUGUACCUCAGCUAAGAAAAUAAACUCCAUUUGUAGCCAAAAGCAACAGAUCCCUCAGUAUAAGCAGAGUUAUUUCUUUUAUGUCGGAAGGGCAUGUUUUUUGUGAUCAGUUUUACUGUUUGUUGCACAGUGCACUUUUAUACAACUUCAUUUACCUUUUCUCCCUGGGCCAGGGUCUCCAUUUCACUUGCAGGAAGAGACAAGUUGCAAAGAAAAAGAAAUAGCGCUGAUGUCUUUCUGGUUUUGCUUUUUAGAUCUGCAAGUUAACAAUUUAUGCCAAAGGAAUCAAGAUUUUUUUUUCUGUUCUUGAAUCUCUUAAUUAACUUAUUGAGGAUUAAGAAAGUCUUCUGGAGCAGA